AAAUCAUAUAAAACAAAGGGGACUAUGAGUGCAGUUCAGGGAGGAGCCAACGACAGGUCGUUUUGAUUUGGGAUAAAGGGAUGUCCACCUUCACAGUUCCUCGUACACACAUUGACACAUACCAACCAGCCCCCGUGCGCCACCAUGAUUCGCCAUCUCCAACCUCAAACCUUCCUUCCCCAAGCUUCUCUCAGUCCAACUCCAAAACCCUCCAUGAACCCUAACCCUAUCCCCAAAUCAAUCUCCAACUCCCUCAGGCCGACUCUCAAUUCGCCAAAUUAUCCCUCACUUUCCCACCACCCAAGCACCUCCGCCGACCCCGGCCUCCUCUUCCGCGAAAAGGUCCUCUACUUAGAAACCCACCUCAACGUCGAUUCCCAAAAGGCCCUCCACCAAAACCCAGAUUUCCGCUCCUGCCCCCUCUCCUCCCUCAAGUCCGUUGAGGGAUGCCUCUCCUCCAUGGGCAUCGAGCGCUCCGCCCAGGGUCGGAUCCUCGACAUGUACCCACAGCUCCUCACCGUGGACCCGCACACUGCCCUCUAUCCAAUCUUCGAUUUCCUCCUCACCGAGGUCCGAAUCCCCUUUCCGGAUAUCCGGAAGUCCAUAAUCCGGUGCCCGAGGCUCCUAGUCUCCCACUUGGACUACCAAUUGCGACCCGCAUUGAAGUUCCUGACCGAAUUGGGGUUUUCGGGGCGGAGCUCCAUCACGUGCCAGACGACAGUGCUGCUGGUUUCGAGCGUGCAAUUUACCCUUUUGCCCAAGAUUGAGUAUUUGCAGAGCUUGGGGCUGAGCUACGAGGAGGUGGUGAACAUGGUGAUAAGGUCGCCGGGGCUGUUGACUUUCAGCAUUAACAACAAUUACAAGCCGAAAGUUGACUUUUUUCUGGAGGAGAUGAAGAGGGACGUGGGGGAACUGAAGAGGUUUCCGCAGUACUUUUCGUUUAGUUUGGAAGGGAAGAUUAAGCCGAGGCACCGGUUGCUGGUGGAGCACGGCUUUUCGCUGCCGCUGCGGGAGAUGCUGAAGGUCAGCGACGGCGAGUUUAACGCCCGGCUGAUUGAGAUGCGGUUGGGAUCCGCGGAGGGCAGCUGGGUCUAAUAUCCCAACUUGCUUGUAACUUAAGAAAUUUUUGUAUAUGGAAUUGAAUGUUGAGAUUGUGUCAUAUUUACAAAUCGAUUGUAGAAUGGUAUUUGGUUUUGUAUAUGCUCCUUAUCAAACAUUAAGCUGUUUUCGUAUGCAAAAUAGUAAAUACAUGUUUACGUA